CUGCUUGGCAGGGGCGGGGCGGCGGCGGCGAUUGUCUGGCGGCCUGGGGCGGCCCCGUGGCGCUGACCCUCUGCCUGUGGGGACGGAGGCGCGCGCCAUGGCGGUGUCCGAGAGCCAGCUGAAGAAGAUGAUGUCCAAGUACAAAUACAGAGAUCUAACUGUCCGUCAAACUGUCAAUGUCAUCGCUAUGUACAAAGAUCUCAAACCUGUAUUGGAUUCAUAUGUUUUUAAUGAUGGCAGUUCCAGGGAGCUGGUGAACCUCACUGGAACAAUCCCUGUGCGUUACAGAGGUAAUACAUAUAAUAUUCCAAUAUGCCUGUGGCUGCUGGACACGUACCCAUAUAAUCCCCCUAUCUGUUUUGUUAAGCCUACUAGUUCAAUGACUAUUAAAACAGGAAAACAUGUAGAUGCAAAUGGGAAGAUCUACCUACCUUAUCUACAUGACUGGAAACACCCACGGUCAGAGUUGCUGGAGCUUAUUCAGAUCAUGAUUGUGAUAUUUGGAGAGGAGCCUCCAGUGUUCUCCCGUCCUACUGUUUCUGCGUCCUACCCACCAUACACAGCAACAGGGCCACCAAAUACCUCCUACAUGCCAGGCAUGCCAAGUGGAAUCUCUGCAUAUCCAUCUGGAUACCCUCCCAACCCCAGAGUUUCUGCCUUAUCUCCUUCAGGUCCCAGCAGAGACGGCACAAUCAGUGAGGACACUAUCCGGGCAUCUCUCAUCUCAGCAGUCAGUGACAAACUGAGAUGGAGGAUGAAGGAGGAAAUGGAUGGUGCCCAGGCAGAGCUCAAUGCCUUGAAACGAACAGAGGAAGAUCUGAAAAAAGGUCACCAGAAACUGGAAGAGAUGGUCACACGCUUAGAUCAAGAAGUAGCUGAAGUUGAUAAAAACAUAGAACUUUUGAAAAAGAAGGAUGAAGAACUAAGUUCUGCUCUGGAGAAAAUGGAAAAUCAGUCUGAAAAUAAUGAUAUUGAUGAAGUUAUCAUUCCCACAGCCCCACUCUAUAAACAGAUUCUAAAUCUGUAUGCAGAGGAAAAUGCUAUUGAAGACACUAUCUUUUACCUGGGAGAAGCCUUGAGGCGGGGAGUAAUAGACCUGGAUGUGUUCCUGAAGCACGUCCGCCUGCUGUCCCGUAAACAGUUCCAGCUAAGGGCACUAAUGCAAAAGGCAAGAAAGACCGCGGGUCUUAGUGACCUCUACUGACUUCUGGUAUCAGCUGGAGACUGACCUCUUCAUAAAGCAUUCUUUUCUUCUUUUCCUUUUUCUCAUCAGUAGAACCCAGAAUAAGUUAUUGCAGUUUAUCAUCCGAGUGUUAAAUAUUUUGAAUCAAUAAUAUAUUUUCUGUUUCCUUUGGGUAAAGACUGGCUUUUAUUAAUGCACUUUCUACCCUCUGUAAGCUUCCUUUGCUCUGUUGGGACUGACUGGGCUAAAUAAAAUUUGUUGCAUAA